AAUCCGUCUUGUUUAAUUUUACAGCUUCAAUUCAAUCUCUUGUGUGUGUUUUUUUCUAUAAUGGCUGAUAUGAAAGAUGCCCAUGUUGUCGAAAUCCCUGUAGACGAAGAGCACAAACAGAAGCUCUCGUGUGCAAUCCAACACCAUCCACUCAUGGAGAUCUCUCAGAGCCCCGGUCAUCUCCUGCUUUUAAAAUUAUGGCAACGAGAGGAAGAUCUCUUUGGGCGCAGGAUAUCCCUCAAGGAAACCAGAAUGGAUUCCAUUAAAAGAGAGAUCUUCCAAAUCUGUUGCUUCUUUUUAACCUUUCAUGGGUUUUUCUUCACCAUCUUGUUCACCUCCUCUGUUGGUACCAAGGAGCACCACACUUGUCAAAAAUGGUGGAUACCCUCUCUUGUAUCCGUCUCCACUUCGCUUGUUCUUUCAUUUUUGGUUCAGGUAAAGCUUUACAGGUACUGGAAAGUAUGGAAUCAGUUGCAGAGGGAGAAGGUUGGCAAUCGGGCACUUACCCGGUGUAUUCAAGAAUUGAGGAUGAAAGGGGCAAGCUUUGAUCUGAAUAAGGAACCACGGACAGGGAAGAGGAUCAAGAGCUCCAGCGUGGAAAUCAAGUGGAAGCCUCUGACUUGGUGUUCUCAGAACCUGAUUACUGUCUGUCUUGUUUGUUUCUCAGGUUUGGCUUUUGCUGCUUCCAAGUUCAUUCUCUGUGGAUUCUGAUUUCAUGGAGAGAUUUGGCAUUUGCGGCAUGUGUGUGGAGUUGGAAGGUUCUCACAUUGUCAUGCACAACCAUUUCAAUUCCUUAACCUAAGUGAAAGUUUAACAGAAUCUCAGGCACCAUCUUUUCCUGAGACUUGCUGCUGCCGACUCUUGAGUUGGGGAUGAAGCAUCUUGGUCCGAAUAUAAAUGUGCCACCUUUUUGGAGGUCUAACGAAGGAUUGAAGUGCCUCUGAAUUCCAUCAUCAGAUCAUCUUUUGGAAUUUGGGGGAGUUCUUUUGAUGUUGACAACAGUUCCUUCGACACCUUACAUGAUAAGAUUGAGAACCAACAACCUCUGGAUCUCUUAGCUUUUAUGAGCCCCUGAUUAACUUCAUUUUCACCCCAGCCAGACUGCUUACAUCUAAAAUGGAUUUUUGCCAAGAAUUCUAGACCCUGAAUUUGGAAUUUAUUUGCUCCUGCUAUUGUUAUAAUAAGUUCAAGCAGGUCAG